CCCCCCUUCUCCAUCUCUCUCACGACAUAACGACCCGGCGCAGGCAGCCGACGACGACGACGAGCUCUAGCUAGCCUUACGCGCCGUCUUCCCGAACUCCCACCGAUCUACGCCCCGCCCCGCCAUGCGCCUCGCAGCCGCAGCCGUCGGCGCGUCGCUCGUCCUCGCGGCGUGCGCGUCCGCUACCGCCCUCACGACCCUCCUCAACGCCAACGACAGGGCAUGCUACUAUGCCGAUGUGGACGGCGUGGGCGAGAAGAUUGGCUUUUAUUUCGCUGUCCAGAGCGGAGGACAGUUUGAGAUUGACUUUGUCGUCAUGGACCCCGAGGACAAGGUUAUCAUCGAGGGCGAGAAGGAACGCCAGGGAGAUUACAUCUUUACGGGCAAGAAGCUCGGCGAAUACUCGUUCUGCUUUGCCAACGAGGCAUCCAACACGGACAAGCUGAUCGACUUUGACAUCAUGGUCGAGUCGGAGCCGCGGCGCACGCUCGGCGGCUCGGCCGCCCCGCUCAAGGAGCACACGUCGGCGCUCGAGGAGAGCACGUACAAGCUGUCUGGGCUCCUCUCGAGCAUCACCCGCACGCAGAAGUACUUCCACACGCGGCACCACCGCAACUACUCGACUGUGCAGUCGACCAAGAGCCGCAUGUUCUGGUUCACCGUGCUCGAGUGUGUGGCUAUUGUCGCCAUGGCAUUGUUGCAAAUCUGGAUCCUCAAGACGUUCUUCUCGCGCGGCUCAAGCCGACGCUUCAAGGUCUAAGAACCAUGGCAAUGCAUAUGAUCGGAG